AAUGAAAACUCCCUCUGUGUCUCUGAAGGAGAACGUGGAGCGGGAGGUGAAGGAGGCGGCUCGGCGGAGGCGGAUGCUGCAGCUGGAGGAGCAGAAGAGACACUCGUGGGCCGGCGAGGAGGUGGGCGUAGCAUCCGGGCGGCGCUGCAGCAGCGAGACGGACAUGUCGGCCGCCGCGUCUCACCGUGACGACGGCGGGUUGCCGGCGGAGCUCCUGAGCCCAAACUGCCGCACGCGACGCUCCCGAAACUCUCCGUUCAGCUCCGAAUUCACGGCCGCUGACCGCGAGCUGAGCACGUUCCUGGGGAUGGCGAGGCCCGACCCCACAGACGCUACGCCGGGCUUUCUGUCCGCCUCGCCCCAACGGAGACGUCCAGGACUCUCGGGAAGGGUCACGACACGCAGCUCCCCCCAAAACACGCCGCCCCAGGCGGUCCAGACCUCCUCCUCCUCGCCGCCCAAGACCCAAAACGCAAACCGUACAACCGCCACCUACCUCAGCGACGCUGCUACUCAGGAUCAAGCCUUCAAUCCCACAAAUACAGUUCAGAAUCAGCUUUAUUUGCCAGUGACCUCUGGUUCAAACCAUCCGUCCGACCACAACAACAACAACGCCGACGAGGGUCUUCCCGAAAAUCUGUCGGGGUCAAAAGGGCGAACGGACCACGCCGAUCGGGAGUGGAUGGAAGGGAAACGCGUCGCUUGUACGACGCCGGGCUCCAUGUUUGUAGUUCUAGAGAAACACACGCUGGUGCCUGAGCUGAAAGGGUUCGACGACGUCGCCGCGGUGACCGGCCGCAACGCCAUUCCCCGCCGUGGAUCUCCCCGGGACGACGCGGCGGCCGCAGAUUUGGCAGAAGAAGAAGAGCGAGCGGACGUCAGGGCGCAGAACACGAAGGAAUCUGAGCGGACACCUUCGUCUUUGUCACACAGCGACGAAGACGCGGGACCGGAGGAUGAGGUCAUCGUUUGGUGCGUGACGGGUGUGUGCGAGGCGGCCGGCGAGCUCACGCACGCCGACAACGCACACAAACACACACACGCACACACUAAGCAGGAUCGGCGUAGGAGCGACAAUCGGGCGGGAAACCAGCAAGCGUCUUCAGCAUCGACCAAUCGCACGCCUUCAGCACAUCAGCCGGCCAAUGAGAAGCCAGCGUCGGUGCCCAUCAGCAGCCAACCGGUGGCCGUGUCCCGCUGCGACGACCCGUCGCAUCCUGCCUCGUCCCCCGCUUGGCGCCCGGCGGAGCCCCCGUCGGCCAAUGACGCGCCGGCUCUCACCUCGGAGGACGCUGCAGAGACGGCCAAUCAGACGGAGGAAGCAGACGACGGAAGCAGAAACAAAACUGCUUCCUGUCUCACGACCAAUGAGAACACAGGAGCGGUUUCUUCCACCAAUGAAAAGGAAGAAUCAUCGACCAAAACAUCCAAUCAUUCCUCUAAAACUCGACAAGCCGGGACGAAACCCGCCGCCGACGCUAACAAACGCAGGCCUGUCCGGACCCUCACCGGCACCGAGCACCAGGACAUGAGGCGGGUCGUGCCCAUCUACCGACCCAGCCGAGGUGCCUCGUUCCUGGGUAGACGCCCCGAGAAACCCCCCGGCCUCCCGCGGAGCUCCUCCACCGCUGCUGCUGCUGCCGCCGUCUGCAACCCAAGCCUCAACUCUGCGUCCCUCCGUCGAGUCGAGAGGCCGUCGACCGCUCCGUCGUCACGCCGCUCCAGCUUCCAGAGGACGCCGGACGCCAAGGACUCAACGGACCAGAGGGUUUCAGCCCAGGACCAGAAGGCUUCAGCCCGGGACCAGAACCAGCAGGACCUGCAGAGGAAACCCUCCAUCAGAAGACCCUCGGUGCAACCCAGACCGCCGCCGGAGGAGAAGACCUGCCGCUCCACGCUGCGGCUGCUCUCCCAAGAUGGCGGCACGUCACCUUCCUCGCUCCGAGGCUUCGCCCGGAGCACCGCCUCCUCUUUUUUCAGACAGACCCGCGCCCCCCAUCCUCCACCUCUCUCACCACGCCCCGGCUCAGACUCCUCCUCCAAAUCCUCCCCCCCCCGCGUCGUCACCUCCUCGCCUCUCACCCGGUCGAGCUCUCUGAGGGAGCGGAGGGCUGCCGCCGCCUCCAGACCGCCAGACCUCAACCUGUCCUCGUCUUCCUCAUUGCUGGGGGGGUCUCGGGGCGUCGGGGCGAGUCCUCGCCGCGUCCCGCCCGUCGCCCCCCCUGGUGGCCGUUGCCGGGAUGACAGGUCGUCCAGGCCGAGCUGGAGAUGACGGGGGAAAGACGGGAAAGCGGUUCCGUUUUAAUAAGAUGUGUAUUUAUUAGAGCUGCACAUAUAAGUGGAUAAGUUGUCGACUAUUAAAUUAAUCGCCAACUAAUUUGACAAAACCGAUUUAAUCGGUUUGAGUCAUUUUUUUAUUAAUAAAAAAGAAGGUACGAUUGUCUGAUGUCAUCACGUUAAUAACCCUUGUGUUGUCUUCCCGUCGACCGUCAUCUUUUUGUGCUUUUUUUUUAAUGUUUCUGCUGUUUUGUUCUACACUUUUUUAAUUUUUUUUUUAAAAUUCACAGCCAACAAACCUAAUUUUUACGACAUUUCCCAACAAACAAUUAAUUUCUCAUUUUUUUCUCAGCACUUAUGGUCUCUCUCUUUUUUUUUUUGUCACUUUUUCCGAGGCUUUGGUCACUUUUUUUUUUUUAAAUGCCAUACAAUUCAAUAAAACCAAAAUUCAAUUCACUGAAAGUAAUCAUAAAUCUUUACCUGAAUAACAGUUAUCCAUGUUAUUUUUAGGCAAUAUUGUUGAAAGAAAGCCAAGUUCCUGAUAUUAAAAAUUAAAAAAAAAAACGGGUCAAAUUUGACCCGAGGACAACACAAGGGUUAAAUGUGAAUAUCUUCUAGUUUCUUCUCUCUGUGACAGUAGACUGAAUAUCUUUGAGUUGUGGACAAAACGAGACGUUUGAUCAGAUAAACCGAUGGGAUUGGUGCAGCUCGCCUCUGGCCCCGCCUACAUCGGAUACAGCGAUGUGAUUGGUGCAGCUCGGGUACAAGGGCAUAGUUAAUGAGCAGCAUUACUCGAUGCCGGAGCAACUCCAGGGUUUGGAGAUAUUUAACGUGUCUGAGUCACUGGGAGAAGUCUGCAGUGCCAAGGUUGUUCAUACGAGGAUAUGUGAAUGUUUAUAUGUCUUUAUUUAUAUAUGUCGGAAGUUCAUAUAUAUAUAUAUAUA